AUGGCUGUCACCACAUCUGGGAUGAUAGUGGAGACUGUGGAGACGCCGACCCUGAAGCUGUUGGCAAUGGUCGGGGUUGGCGGUUCGAUUCCCGUUAUCUUCUCCUAUUUCUCUGAGUUCAUGCCCCGCCUGAGGAGAGGAGCCAUGAUCAGCGCUCUGGCCACAUUCUGGAUGGCAGGAAACAUCCUGGCAGCAGGUCUGGCCUGGAUGGUGAUCCCUGCCUCCUGGGCUCACUUCUCUGUGUUCCAGCUGCACUUCCAGAGCUGGAGGCUGUUCGUGCUGCUCUGCUCCGUCCCCAGCAUCACCUCGGCCCUCCUCUUCAGGCUGCUGAUGCCUGAAAGCCCCAAGUUCCUCAUGGAGGUGGGCCGAGAGAAGGAAGCAGUGCACGUCUUCAGACUGAUGUUUGGACUCAACACGAGAAGGAAAGAAAAGACUUUCCCAGAGUUUUCCUUAUGUCCAGCCUCCAGGCACAGAGAGGACCUGGAAGACACCAGCAGUCUCAGCAGCAUUUUAACAAAGGUCUCAGUUCCUGUCAAACAGAUGUUCAGCAGCUCUCUCAGAUCCAGGAGCGUCCUCCUGCUCAUCAUCUCCUACUGCAUUUCCUUUGGUUACUACGGCCUGUGGAUGUGGUUUCCUGAGCUGUUGAAGAAAGUGGAGGUUGGCGGUUCACCGUGCGCCAACGUCUCCUUCCAGCCUUCGGUCCUGAACCAGAGCUGUGACCCGGUCGGACCAGCAGUGUACAUGGAGGGCUUCGUCAUCGCUGCGUCCAACCUGCCCGGAAACGUCUUCACCAUCCUCGUCAUGGACAGCACGGGAGGCAAGACGCUGCUCUCCUGCAGCCUGCUGGUGUCCAGUCUGAGCGUCUUCUUCAUCUACCUGGUUCAGACCAAAGCUCAGAGUCUGACUCUGUCCUGCAUCUUCAGCGGCGUCUCCGUCGUCGCCUGGAACGCCCUGGACGUGAUGGGACCCGAGCUCUACCCCACCAAGCUGCGGUCCUCGGCUCUGGGCUUCUUCACGGGCGUGGGCCGAGUGGCGGCCAUCACGGGUAACAUGGUGUUCGGGCGGCUGGUGGACACGGACUGUGCCGUCCCCGUGCUGCUGGUGUCGGCCCUGCUGCUCACCGGAGGACUGGUGGCUCUGCUGCUGCCUCAGACCAGACAGACAGAGCUCACCUGACCCCCACCUGACCCCCACCUGACCCCCACCUGACCUCCACCUGACCCCCACCUGACCCCCACCUGACCCCCACCUGACCUCCACCCCACCCCCACCUGACCCCCACCUGACCCCCACCUGACCCCCACCUGACCUCCACCCCACCCCCACCUGACCCCCACCCGCCUUUUCACCUGACUCAUUGACGUUUUCUCUUCUUGUCUGAUGUUCGCCUCUCAAAUCUCGUCUUCUCACAGCUUCUGAAGAGCAUCAGUUGAAAAUAUCAUGAGGAGAAAGUUCAUCUGGAAAUGUUGAUUCUCAGACGUAGAACCUCCAGCUGUUCUGCUUCAGAACUUUAAGGAUUAAAACUCUCUUUUUUAAAGAGUUUACCAAAAAUUUGAGAAGAAAUGUUUUGUUU